GGCGCCCGUCGCCCGGAAGCGGCGGUAAGGCGCCUUCCGGUGACGCCCCUCAGCUAUGGCUGCGACGCGGCUGGAGCUGAACCUGAUGCGGCUCCUGAGCCGGUGCGAGGCGCUGGCGGCGGAGCGGCGAGACCCCGGCGAGUGGCGGCUGGAGAAGUAUGUUGCCGCUCUUGAAGAUAUGCUCUGCGAGCUGAAGAAGCAGUCCGGCAAGCCUGCACCAGAACUGCUGAAUGAAUACUCUCGCAAAGUGGACUUCCUAAAGGGACUUUUAGAAGCUGAAAAAUUGACUUCAUCAACUGAAAAGGCUCUGGCAAAUCAGUUCCUGGCCCCUGGACGUACACCUACAACCACCAAAGAGAGAACCCCAGCUACUAAAACAGUUCAUCUCCAGACAAAGGCUCGUUGCACAGGCAAGAUGAGGAGUGAGCUGCUUGGUACAGAUCCCUUGGCUAUCGAUGAUUCUGAGGAGUUAAACAUAAGGAAGCGGAAAGGCCUUGUGUCCAAUGAGAAGCAGUCAGCAGUCGAGCUGGAUGCUGUGUUACAGCACCAUCAGGAUAUGCAAGAGAAGUUAGCUGAAGAAAUGCUAAGUUUGGCUCGCAGUCUCAAAAACAACACUCUGGCUGCGCAGAAUGUCAUAAAACAAGAUAACCAGACACUAUCGCAUUCUCUUAGGAUGGCAGACCAGAACUUUGAAAAGCUCAAGGAUGAAUCUGACCGCCUUGAACAGCAUGCGAAGAAAUCAGUCAACUGGCUAUUAUGGAUAAUGUUAAUUGUAGUUUGUUUUAUAUUCAUCAGCAUGAUUCUCUUUAUCAGAAUUUUUCCCAAACUAAAAUGAUUAUUUUUUUUUUAACUGCCAGAAGUGCAGUUGGAAAGCUCAGCUGGUAUGGUAACUGUCAGCCAUCAAUUUCUUUGCCAUCUAUCAUGUCCUUCAAGAGGCUGUCCAAGGCCUCCCCUUGUAUCUAUCUUGUGCAGUUGCUGGAUUCAGUGAAGGGUUUAAUGGCGAAGGCUUUCUAAACUUGGUUACUCUUUUUACUUAGUGACUAUUGUUGCCUGUUGAUGGGAGAACUGGGAUAAAGAUGGCAAUUUAUGCUGAGCUGCUACCAAGUUCCUCAGUGGAUAGAUACAGUUUUUAAUGUGGCUGUGGCAAAUGUUACAACUCCUAAAAGGCAUUUACUCAACAUGAAUAAAAGUAACAGUCGAAGUCUUACAAUUUUUCCUGUCUUUGCAGCUUUACUGUACUGAACUAGGACCUUGCUGCCAACAGAAUAUUUAAUUUCAAACUUAGGUACAUACACAGCUGUAGGGUGUAGGAAGAUAAUGCUGCCAUGGAGUUGCUUGCCUGGCUCAGAUUCAGAGAAUAUCAACAGGUAAAAACUAUUCUCAGGCUCACCUUUUUCCUGGAUGGCUGUUUGGGACUUGGCACUCUUCUUCAGUUUAGAUUUAUUGUAGAAGAGCUGAAUUUGCUUGCUGUUGCAAUGUUUGCUUCCCUUUUUGCAUGUGCAAAUGUUCUCGCUUACUCAUUGUCUGUUAUUUUGAUGCUGUUGCAUCAAGCAAACACUUUGACCCCGGCACCGCAGAAUUGUACACACAGUACUCUCUGUAUGGUAUAGGCCUCCCUCACCUGUACAAACUUUUUUUCCACUGUAAGAUGAGGGCAAAGGAAGCUGGUGUUUUCCAGACAGAAAUAAUAAUAAUAAAAAAAUAAAAAUCAGCCUUUACCUUUUGAGAUAAA